AGUAUUUUUUUGAAGGAAGUCUUCAGGAUAGGCUCACUCAGUUCGAGUUUUGUGUUUUGGCCUUCACCCUUGGAUCUGCCUAUCUGAUUUCUACAGUCCGAUACCAUCGACACUAGUAGCAGUAUUUUUUGCCCAUCACUGGCACUUUCCCAGAAGGAAUUUAGGUGGGGUUGUUCAAUCCCGCCUUCUGAAAACCGUGCUCUUCUUUCUUGACACGUGUGCCCGUCGUCAUGAGUUUGUGGGUGGACAAGUAUCGUCCGACGUCUCUGGAUAAAUUGGACUACCACAGAGACCAGGCUGAUCAGCUGAGACGCAUGGUGAAAAGCGGGGAUUUCCCUCACCUUCUUGUGUUUGGGCCGUCCGGCGCCGGAAAGAAGACGCGCAUCAUGUGCCUACUGCGUGAGGUCUAUGGGGCUGGGGUGGAGAAGCUGCGUGUGGAACAUCAGGAGUUUACCACGCCAUCAAAUAAGAAGCUUGAGGUGACGACAAUAGCAAGCAAUUAUCAUAUCGAGGUCAACCCAAGCGACGCUGGCCUUCACGACCGUGUGAUCAUACAGGACAUCAUCAAGGGUGCAGCACAGACACAGCAACUGGAUGCCGCUAGCCAGAGAAACUUCAAAGUCAUCAUUCUCUCCGAGGUGGAUCGUCUGACCAAGGAUGCCCAGCACGCGCUGCGUCGUACCAUGGAGAAGUAUGUGGCGUCGUGUCGUCUGAUCCUCUGCUGCAACUCGCCCAGCAAGGUGAUACCGGCCGUGCGCAGCCGGUGUCUGAGCGUGCGUGUGCCCGCGCCAACCUUGGAGGAGAUAUCUGGUAUUCUGUCAAACACAUGUCGCGUGGAGAGGGUCCAGCUGCCAGUUGAGCUAGCAGAACGCAUUGCGGAGUACAGUGGCCGUAAUCUCCGGCGAGCGCUGCUAACCUGUGAAGCGUGCUACGUACAGCAGCAACCCUUCUCUGCAGACCAGACCAUCACUGAGAAUGACUGGGAGAUCUACUUGAAGCAGACAGCUAGCCUCAUCAUUGAGCAGCAAAGUCCAGCAAGGCUCAUGGAAGUACGUACCCGGCUGUAUGAGUUGCUGACACGCUGCAUCCCGGCUGACAUCAUUAUGAAGGGUCUGCUGGAUCACCUUGCAGCGAAUUGUGACGGAUCUCUGAAGACCGAGGUGACUGCACUUGCUGCUCGGUAUGAGCAUCGCCUUCAGCUAGGCAGCAAGACCAUCUAUCACAUCGAGGCGUUCAUCGCCAACUUCAUGAAGAUCUACAAGCGCUUCCUGGAAGAGGGGAUGCACGAUAUGUUCUGAUACCGCGGCCGGUGAAUCAUGAGAUGUCCCCCUGUGAAACUGUACUCUGGCCCGUUGGCCACGCGCUACGAAGCACUCCGGUCUGUGAGUAGCCGAGUGUCAGUCGAUACGUGCGGGUGUCUGCGUAUGCAUCGCAGUUCACUCCCGAGGGCGUACGGCACAAAAAUGUCCAGUGCCUAUACACACGCUACUGCUAAUCUGUGUGAUGUCAAAGAUGAUCACUCUGGAGCUGCGUGUUGACACUCUACUGCUUAGGAUUUAGUAGGCUAUGGCGGCUGUGUUGCUGGUGACUUUCCGCCACCGUCGAUGCCUGCUCCGCUUUGUACACUGCUGCUCUCCGAUGCCCUGUGUUGCUUGGGUUGGGAUUGGACUGCAGGUCAGCAUGUUGCUGCGCUGUGACUUCUCCUUCCCUGUUGAGUGUUGGACUGGAUGUUGUUGUCUGGCCCGUGGCCUGUCGUCACCUCGAACAACUGCACGUUUUUUUUUCUUUUGUGAGUGCAGCGUCGUUUCCCUGAUCAUGUCUUAGGCUGGCCUACGAUUGUCAUGUUGUCGUUGUUCAGGCUCGUUGUUGCCUGAACUUUUAGUGAAGACCUCUACAUUCUACAUGUUAAUUUUUUUACCUUUUUUAUUCCCCUCACUCUGUUGAUGACCUUGUAUAUUGCUUGAUCGGAGGUUUCCGAUUGGAUGUCACCUGGAUGUAAUGACAAAUCCCUCCUCUCUUA